CUUCUCUUCACUCCCACUUUGUGGUUCAUAUCCCUUUUCUUUCGCACUCUCAUAAUAUGACAAAUGCAAUCGUAAACGGCCCCUCGUCUGGUCUCGAGGGCAAAUUCUCUUCCUUGGACAUCAACAAGUCGGCGUACGUCCCUCCUCAUCUUAGGAGCUCCCAGCGAGCGUCGUCUUCUCCCAACCUUCAUCAGAACAGCUUUGGAAACGGCUGGAACGAUUCCCGCUCAAGUACUCCGAAUUCUACUCGUUUGUACACCGCCAGACCCUCCCGUGGAGGGCCUCCGCAAUCGCAAAGCCGUGACUGGUCGCAGCCCUCGCAGCCUCGUGAUACUUUUGGCCUUGGAGUAUGGAAAGAUGGUCGUCAUGUUGUUGGUGGACGUAACAUGCGCCUCGAAAAAGAGCUUUUUGGUGACCCGACGGAUCCCUCCAAGCAGCACACCGGUAUCAACUUUGAAAAGUACGAUGAUAUCCCCGUAGAAGCGACUGGUGCUUCGGUUCCAGACCCAGUUGUUGCCUUCACUUCACCCCCUCUCGACGUAGUCUUGCUCGAAAACAUCGGCUAUGCCAGGUACACUACCCCUACCCCUGUUCAAAAGUAUUCUAUUCCCAUUGUUGCUAAUGGACGGGAUCUCAUGGCCUGUGCUCAGACAGGCUCCGGUAAAACAGGCGGUUUCCUUUUUCCCAUCCUUUCCGCAUCCUUCCAUGAUGGACCCCGUGCGCCUCCUGAUCAACCGUCAUCCUACGGUCGGUCCCGAAAGGCCUAUCCUACGGCUCUUAUUUUAGCGCCUACUCGUGAAUUGGUGUCUCAGAUCCAUGAGGAGGCUCGCAAAUUUGCUUACCGGUCUUGGGUUCGUCCUGCCGUCGUCUACGGUGGCGCCGACAUCAACCAACAGCUUCGCUCCAUUGAACGUGGCUGCGACCUGUUGAGUGCCACACCCGGUCGUCUCGUUGAUCUUAUCGAGCGUGGCCGUAUCAGUCUCGCCAACAUCAAGUAUCUCGUCCUUGAUGAGGCUGAUCGCAUGCUUGACAUGGGUUUCGAACCCCAGAUUCGUCGCAUCGUGCAGGGCGAGGAUAUGCCUGGCGUUCUCGAGCGCCAGACCCUCAUGUUCAGUGCGACAUUCCCGAGGGACAUCCAAAUCCUUGCCAAAGACUUCCUGAAGGAUUACGUGUUCUUGAGCGUUGGUCGUGUUGGAAGCACUAGCGAGAACAUCACCCAAAAGAUCGAGUAUGUUGAGGAUAAUGACAAGAGAAGUGUCUUACUCGACAUCUUGGCUUCUCAGAGCAAAGAUUCCGGUAAUCUGGGUCUGACAUUGGUCUUCGUCGAGACGAAACGUAUGGCGGAUAUGUUAAGCGACUUCUUGAUGGGUAAUCAUCUUCCCGCUACAUCCAUUCAUGGUGAUCGCACCCAGCACGAGCGCGAGAUGGCUUUGCAAACGUUCCGAACCGGCCGGACGCCUAUCAUGGUGGCUACUGCUGUCGCUGCCCGUGGCCUUGACAUCCCCAACGUCACUCACGUUGUCAACUAUGACCUUCCGAGCGACAUCGAUGACUACGUGCACCGUAUCGGCCGUACUGGACGUGCUGGGAACACCGGUGUCAGCACGGCCUUUUUCAACCGUGGUAAUAGGAACAUCGUCAAAGAGCUUGUAGAGCUUCUUAGGGAGGCCAACCAGGACAUUCCGAACUGGUUAGAGACAGUCGCACAUGAGGCUACGUUUGGUAGCGGUGGAGGAUACCGAGGAAGCAGAGGCAGAGGUAGAGGAGGUCGGGGCAAUGCCGGCCGUGAUUACAGGGCUGGCGGCGGCGGCAGCAGCAAUGCUGGUUAUGGCGGAGGAUACGGCGGAGGUGGUUAUGGUGGUGGUGGUGGCUACGGUGGCCGUGCUCAAUACGGGGGAGGAGGUUACAGUGGUGGCUAUGGCGGUGGCUCCACUGGAGGCGGAGGAGGCCAAGGCUGGUGGUAAAUCUCUUCGAGGCGCCACCUUUAACGACGACGACGAUCACCAUCCACACCUAAAAAUCACAUAAUGCCCUCGUACCCCUUUUUUAUUAUGCUUUCAUGCCUUCCAUGCCGACGAACGAAUGCACCCCAUGCAGAACUCAUGCGCUAUCUCUACUUGUAUAUCUAUCACGAAUCAUUCCCCCCCAAAAAUCCGUCCGACUUAGGUUACUUACACCCUCUCCUUAAUGCUACGGCGACGGACCGUAACGGUAUAUCGGUAGACAUUCACGCCCCCCAGAUACCCCACAAGUACAAGUGCUUUUCGACUGAUAUACCCCAUCGCAGACGGUUUUUUACACACAUAAUUAGAGAUACUUAGAGUAGAGAAUUAAAGGGUGUUUUUUGUACUUUGUAUCGUUUGUCUUUUUUCUGUUGCUAGUUCGUAGUUCAUAGUAAUUCUAUAUGUGAAAGUCGUCG